GUCCCUAGUUCAAGACAAGGAACGUGGCGCUUCUCGCGGCUUGGGGGUCAAAAUGCUCAGCCAGGUCUUUUGGAAAAAUGCGGCUUGGUUACAUAAGUUUAAGUGGAGGAGCACUUGCAAGUUUGAAGCUCGUCACAUGAAGCAGUUUUGUACUCUAGAUAAUAAUGAAUCAUUACUUGAAAAUUUUGAUUCUUUAGCUGUAAGUGAUGGAAAAACAGCAAAUCUGAAUGAAUCUAGUGAAUCAGAAUUUGCAUACUUUGUUGAUGAACAGUUAAAAGCAUCUGAAGAAAUUCCUCGACCCACACACAGAAAAACUUCUGUAAAGCAAAUGCUGGCUUACACAAACAAAGUACUUUAUGGUCCACUCCAAGAAACCUCAGCUCAAAGAAAGAGAAACAUUGAAAUAACAGAGGAUGAAACUGAAGUCAGCCAAAAGACUGAAAAAAGAAAGAAAACCAAGAAGAACAAACCUGUUAUGACUCUGCAACCUCUUAUUUCAAGGCCAGAAAAUGCACAUCUCUUAGGAAUCUUUCCUGGUGAUGAAUCAAAAUCUGUUGAUAAGUUUCAUUAUCAGAGAGUUAAGAUAAAACAUCAACAUGAAACUGCUAGUUUUUCAGACUCAAGAAAUGGUAGACCUAGAAAUAAAAUACUGUUAUUCAAAAAAUCAGGUAAAAAUUCUGUAAAAUAUGAAAACUUUGUCUUUAAUGAUAUCCCAAAGACUCAAAAAAUAUAUGUAUCAUCUUGGAACCAAGAGGAGGACCAAUGUAAUAAUGAUGAUAACACAUGUGGUGAGUCUGAAACAAUUAAUGGUGAUAUUCUGUCCAAAAGCAAUGCUGUCAAAAAUAAGAUUCCUGAGAGCACCUACUUAGCUUCUUGUUCCUCUAAUGUUAAAACUGAAAGUGACCAAGAAAUAGAACAGCUGGAAUCAUUCAGAGAAAAGUCUUUCUUGUUAUCUGUUGAUAAUUCAAAAUUUACAUCAGUUCCAAGUAUUAUUGACUGUGAAAUGAUAGAAAGUUUUCCUCUGGAGAAGACAGAAUCACCAGGUGUAGUGAGUAAAACUGCUAUGAGCAAAGAUGAAAAUAUUCUUACUAUUGGAAUGUUUGAUGGUGGUUAUCAGAAGCUUCCCAGUGUCAGCACAAUACUAGAGGCCACAAUGCCAGAAGAUCAGAGAAGAAUCCUAGACAGAUGGAAGGCAAAGAUGAUCAAAGAGCUCGGUAAAGAGGGCUUUGAAGAGUAUAGAAAAGGGCUUUUUGAGAAGGGUAAACUACUCCAUGGCUGCAUACAGUCAGAACUGACUGGUAUAAGCCCUUCAUUGGAAAACAUGCCAACUGUACAAGGGUUUUGGACCAGCAUUUCCCAUGUCCUGCCAAAGAUCUCUAGUGUAUCUGUCCUAGAAAGCCGGUUGGUCCAUCCAUAUCUUUACUACCAAGGAGCAGUGGACUGUGUAGCUGCCUACAAAGGGAUGCCGGUGCUAAUAGACUGGAAGACUUCUACUAAACCCAAGCUAACACUGAAAGCUAUGUAUGAUAAUCCAUUGCAGGUUGUAGCAUAUCUUGGUGCCCUCAAUUAUGAUAACGGUUAUCAACUUUCUCUUCAGGUGCAGUCAGCCAUGUUGGUGGUUGCAUAUGACACUGGGCUGCCAGCACAUGUUCAUAUCAUAGACAAGGACAAGUGUCAAGCAUACUGGAAAGUGUGGUGUGCCAGACUAGUUCAAUUCUGGAGGCAGUUGGAGAUUAAGGAGUCUGUAUGAUGUAAGCUAACAUGUAUUAUGAUAAAUUUUGUUAAUUCCUAAACAUGUAGAGUACAUGAUCUUCCUUUGAACGAUAAAUAUAAAUUGUAAUGGUAA